UCAGGCAGGCAGUCAGGCAGUCAGUCAGGCAGUCGUGUGCGGGACGUGAUCGGGAGACUUGUGGUCCUUGAGGAGCCGAGAGGAGCGCUGACGUCAUGGCAGACGAGGAGGCGACUGUGGAGGCGGACGUCGACCAGCCGCGCAACACUGCGCAUGCGCCCCUGGUGUCGGUGACGUUCCAGAAGAACCCAGCGCGCGCCCGGAAGUACCUGGAUUCGGAACCCAAAGCUCUAGGGAUCACGCAGAUCACCUUGAGUGUGUUCCAGAUCAGCUGGGUGACCUCCACCACGACCUAUGUUCGUCUGGAGAGGGACGUACCCCUCCUCAUUUCCUCAUUCCUGGUGAUCAUAGCCGGCAGUCUGGCCAUGGCAGCACAGAACCUCCAUCUCCCCACACUCAAGGCCUGUCUGGGGCUGCAGGUGAUGGGCUGCGUCACCACCUCGCUCAGCUUGGUCUUCUACGUCCCUUUAGCCAUGGAGUAUCACGCAGCCUACUGCUGGAAUAUUUUGUACGAGGAAAACGUCACCGUCACUUCCCGCUCGGUUUGCCAGCAGCUGCAGAAUGCCGAUUACCACCGCUAUGCUGAGAACAUCCUCAUCCACGCUGCGCUGAUAGCCAUCUCCGCCACCUUGGCUGCCUACUGCUGCAAGGUGGUCAACUGCUGCUCACCCACUGCCAACAUGCCGGUGAUCACGGUGCAAGCCCCUCCGGCCCAGCACAGAGACCCCUGAGGACGGAGGACGACACCGCCCACGCGCGCCACCCACACGGAGGCAAAGCUUCACCCCUCUUCAAAUCAAGAGAAGAGUCAAAAGCUGGACAUGUAAUGACAUAGUAAUUACGCUCAAUUUUUCUAUUAACACUUAAAAUGUGUGGAUUUACGCCUAACUAAGAAGACAUUAUUACCCUUUACGCUUUUGUAUUUGAAUAGGCGAACAUUGAUCAUUAAACCGGUGAUUUGGUACUAACCGGAAGACUUCAGAUAUAUGUUGACCGACUGAAGUUUGUACACAUUUAUAUGAAAGGUACAGAAAAAUAAAAAUCAAAUUUUUA